UUUCCCCACUCCCCACUGCCACCUUAAAUGCACAGCUGCCCUCUUGGCUGGCUGCCUUGGUUGCCUCUGUCACCCCAUGAGCACUGGCUGGAGCACGCGAGACGCUGGCUGCCGGCAGAGGAGGGAAGCGACACCCCGAUGGCCAAGUCUUUCUCCAUGGAUCUGAAGGACAGCACCAGCGAGGGCAGUUUGGGGAGCCUCCAGCCCUCCAGCCUGCAGAUCUUCGCCAACACCUCGACUCUCCAUGGCAUCCGCCACAUCUUCGUCUACGGACCCAUGACCGUACGGCGGGCCCUGUGGGCUCUGGCUUUCGUGGCUUCCCUGGGCCUCCUCUUGGUGGAAAGCUCAGAGAGGGUGGUUUAUUACUUCUCCUACCAGCAUGUCACCAAGGUGGACGAAGUUGUCGCCCACAGCCUGGUCUUCCCGGCUGUCACCAUCUGCAACCUCAACGGGUUCCGCUUCUCCCGCCUCACCACCAAUGACUUGUACCAUGCCGGCGACCUCCUGGCCUUGCUGGAUGUCAACCUGCAAAUUCUCCAGCCCCACCUCGCCGACCCAGCCGUUCUGGCUAUCCUACAAGAGAAGGCCAACUUCCAGCAUCACCGAGCCAAAGUCUUCAGCAUGAGCGAGUUCCUGGGGCGCGUGGGCCAUGACAUGAAGGAGAUGUUGUUGUACUGCAAGUUUAGGGGACAUGAGUGCAACCACAAGAACUUCACAACUGUUUUUACGAAAUACGGGAAGUGCUACAUGUUUAACUCAGGAGAAGAUGGGCACCCUCUGCUGACCACGGUGAAGGGCGGGACGGGCAACGGCCUGGAGAUCAUGCUGGACAUUCAGCAAGACGAGUACUUGCCGAUAUGGGGAGAAACAGAUGAAACUACAUUCGAAGCAGGAGUCAAAGUCCAGAUCCACAGUCAGUCUGAGCCACCGUUUGUCCAAGAGUUAGGAUUCGGAGUGGCACCCGGAUUCCAGACUUUUGUGGCUACGCAAGAACAAAGGCUGACAUACCUUCCGCCUCCAUGGGGCGAGUGCCGCUCCUCGGAUUACGGCCUGGACUUCUUUCCCAUCUACAGCGUCACCGCCUGCAGGAUUGACUGCGAAACCCGCUAUGUGGUAGAAAACUGCAACUGCCGGAUGGUUCACAUGCCAGGGGAUGCUCCAUUCUGCACGCCAGAGCAGUAUAAAGAAUGUGCGGAGCCUGCCUUAGGCCUUCUUGGUGAAAAGGACAGCAGUUAUUGUGUGUGCCAAACACCGUGCAAUCUGACCCGCUACAACAAGGAGCUCUCCAUGGUCAAGAUCCCCAGCAAGACUUCAGCCAAGUACCUCGAGAAAAAGUUCAACAAGUCCGAAAAAUACAUCUCGGAGAAUAUCCUCGUGCUGGACAUAUUCUUUGAAGCCCUCAACUAUGAGACCAUUGAGCAGAAGAAAGCGUAUGAGGUGGCAGCUUUACUUGGUGAUAUCGGAGGUCAGAUGGGCCUUUUUAUUGGUGCUAGCAUCCUCACCAUUCUGGAAAUAUUUGACUAUAUCUAUGAGCUGAUCAAGGAGAAGUUGUUAGACUUUCUGGGCCAGGAGGAGGAGGAAGGAAGCCAUGAUGAGAAUGUGAGCACGUGCGAUCCUUUGCCAAAUCACUCGGACCCCAUCAGCCACACUGUGACAGUCCCCCUGCAGACGACGCUGGGCACGCUGGAAGAGAUCGCGUGCUGACCACACCCUCCCCGGGCCCCACGCACGAACUCUCUCCCCAAGAGCCAGGGAGCAGCGCGCAGGUUCGCCGCAACGGGGGUGGGGGAAAACGGCUGAGGAACCCGCUAUGCAUCCAACUCUUCUCUUUCUCUUUUUUUGCCAAAAUCCAGCAAGAGAUGCCUUGGACUCGAUAGCGUCACCCCUGUCCGUGUGGAGAUGGGAGGAGAGGGAGGGGAGGGGUCGUCUCCACCGGCAGAGCUCGUGUCCCGGUAUCUGAACUGUACAAACCGGACGACCGAGAAGCCGCCAUUUCCUAGACUGCCAACCAACUGUACAGAAGAAGCCUGCAUGCCAGUCCUUUUGAUGGCAAGAUCUCCCUCUUUUGUUUUUCUUUACGAGCCACGUCUCUGUCUAAAAGCUGUCUGGGUUUUUUCCCCCCCAAUAUGAUGGAGAAGGCCACGGCACGAGUUCACCAUUACUUCAAAACUCCACGGGCCAAGUUAGAAUAAAGGGGGAGGGAUCAAAGAUCCCGCUUCACGGACCACCGCCCCCCCCCCCCCCCGUUUUUUGUCUAAAAUCCACAACUGGGGUCACAGAGCUCAAGCUUUGUGUGGGUUCGGCCAUGGGUCACGAAGGUGAGCAGGACCCGGUGAAACAGCUUGCCUCAUCUACCGCCAGGAAUAUCUUUCCCCCCACACGCACACCUAUACACACAAACACCUGCCCCAUUGGCACACAUUCAGCCACAGCUACUGUUGUCAUCAGGCCAGCGUGUAAAACGGCGUGUUUCAGGACUGGGGGGUGGGGAGGCCGAGUCCCACAGCCUGCCCACCCUAACCUGCUUCCUCAUUCUUAACAGUGCUAUUAAAGGUGGUCUUGUGGAAGG